GGGGAGAGAGAGAGAGAGAGAGAGUGCUGCUGCGGAGAAGACAUGGCCAGGAACAUAGAGACCAUUGAGAAUGGAGUCCUAAACGAGAAAACCUGCUAUUACACCAAAAUCCCCGAUGGAGAUUCAUCAAUAAAGUCCAAUAUGGCCAAGUGGUGGCUCCUCGGAAUAAACUGCGUCUGCACUGUUCUGGGCACCAUCGCCGGGCCCUUGUUCCUGAGACUUUACUUCUUGCACGGUGGUAACCGGAAAUGGAUACCCAGUUGGUUACAAACUGCAGGAGUCCCGGUACUACUCGGCCCCCUCACAGUUCUGUACUUGCGUGAACGAGCAUCUGGCGUCAGGUUCUUAGCUCCCACUAAGCUCUUACUACUCAGUGCUGGAAUAGGCAUCCUUGUAGGACUCAACGACUUCAUGUACUCGCAUGGCUUAUCAUUCCUACCAGUCUCCACUUCUGCGCUCCUCCUCUCAACCCAACUCGGCUUUACCGCUCUCUUUGCUUUGCUUAUUGCCAAGCAGAAGUUCACUCCUUACUCCAUAAAUGCGGUUGUGCUGAUGACAUUGGGUGCAGCCUUACUUGGGCUGUCGAAGAGCGGCGACCGUCUUCUUGGUGUUAGUAACAGAGACUACUGGUUGGGCUUCGUCCUGACUCUCGGCGCAGCUGGCUUGCUGGGUUUCAUCUUACCUUGUUGCGAGGUUGCUUAUGCUACAGCUCGCAAGACCAUCACUUAUUCUGUGGUAUUGCAGUUUCAGUUUGGAGUGAACUUCUUUGCUACAGUAUUUUGCACCAUUGGAAUGCUCAUAAACAAGGAUUUUCAGGCGAUUCCGAGAGAAGCAAAUGCAUUCGAAUUAGGCGCAGUAAAAUAUUACUUGGUGCUGGUGUCGAUUGCAAUUGUGUGGCAGAUGGCAGGAGUGGGCACACUAGGAGUUGUCUUCUCCACCACGUCUCUGUUCGCUGGAGUCCUCAACGCAACGUUGCUUCCUCUCACGGAGACAGCAGCAGUGAUUGUAUACCAUGAGAAGUUCACAGGAGAAAAGGGCAUGGCACUAGCUCUCUGCUCUUGGGGCUUCAUCUCUUACUUCUAUGGAUCCUACAAGGAGAAGAAGAAGCAAGAUGCACUAUUUGAAACUGGGUCGAGGUGAUGAGUGUUGGGAAUAGUUUCAAUAAUUUUUCUUUGUGACAGAGAUUUCUUGUCUCAAAUAUCAAACAUGCAACAACAAUAAUACAAAUAAAAAAAAAAAA